AUGGCAGUAUCGUCUACUCCACCACUCCCCUUGCCACGAAUAGAUGUGUGUAGUCGUGUAUUAAUCAUAAUCGUUAGUUUUUUUACGGGUGCUGCUUUAGCAACGGCAAUCGUUGGUUUAUUAACACAAUACUGGUACUAUUCUCAAGAUUCAAAUGGUAAUAUACUGUAUCAUAAUUUAUUUACGCAAUGUUCAGGCAAUAUAAGAAAUGGAUCAUCAACAUGUUUGGAUAUACAACGAGACAAUGAUCUUGGCGUCAGUACUUUGUAUGCAGCAGCAUUUUUAAUUGUUGCUAUUUGUCUAAUUGGUUGUGCUAUGUUUGUGACAUUAGCCAUGAAUUGUGUACUAUUAACUGGUACAUUAUUAUUUGUUGCACCCAUACUUCUCUUUCUUGCUGCAGGUUUUAUGAUUGCUCUUUUUGCAAUAACUUCAAGAGUAACAAUAUUUAAUGGUUAUAGUGUUAUUCUUGUUCAAACUAGUCAUGGUCUUACCAUACUUUCAUUGGGUCUUAUUGCUUUUGCUAGUGGACGAUUACAUACUUAUUAUUAUGAACGAUACUAA